AUGGUCAAUCCGAGGACAAACAGGGAUCAGACCUCAGCGGUUCGCGACCCAAACGUCCUGUUCCAGCUGCCCAUGUCUGCCGCUGGCGAUGAACAGAGGACGGCGGCGGCGGCGGCGGCAGCCCCACCAUCGCCCUCUGCGACCGUGGCGCCCUCGGACAACACAAACAUCGCCGGCGAAGAUGACCAACCUCAUUCCCCAACCCCCUCCUGCUCAUCCUCCUUUUCGUCAACCUUCCCACUUCCUACGCUCCGCCUCGAGGUCCGCGACGUGCUGCACCCUGGCGCUCACCGCUUCCUCUCCCGCAUCGACGCCUCCACCACCCUCCCAACGGCCGUCGGCAACGUGCAGCGCAUACUGUACAACACCCCCAAGGAUCACACCACGCACCUACCACCUACGCGCUCCGUGACGCUUAUUUUGCGUGACAUGGAUGGAGUCGCCUACACCACCGGCAGCGAGCUCGACUCGGACCACAAGGAGAUUCACUUUUCGCUACAUUACAUCGAGAGCAUCCGCAAGCGGGACAAGUGCAGCGAGGACGGCGACGAUGGGAUCGCGCAUGAGAUCGUCGGCGUCAUCACCCACGAGCUGGUGCACUGCUACCAGUGGGAUGCCAGGGGCACCUGCCCAGGCGGCCUGAUCGAGGGUAUCGCCGACUUUGUGCGGCUGCGGUGCGGUCUGUCACCUCCCCACUGGGAAAAGGACCUGGAUGGGAGCUGGGACCGCGGAUAUCAGCACACGGCCUAUUUCCUUGAUUACCUGGAGCGCCGCUUUGGUGACGGGACAGUCCGCAAGAUCAACGAAGGGUUGAGGGCUCGUAAGUACGAGGAGAAGCGCUUUUGGACCGAGAUGGUCGGGCGCCCGGUCGAGCAGCUAUGGGGAGAUUAUGUGAAGGCGUCCAAAUGUGAUGAAGCUUCAGCAAUAGUAGAAACAGCCGAGGCCGUUGCGUAA